AUGAAUACUGCCACGGUGGAAGACAAGGUAUUGAAGUUUACGAAAAAAUUCGCAAAGUACAGCGGAAUUUGGCCUGAUCAAAAUAAAUUAGUCAAAUACAUACUGUGGACCAUGACGUACAUUAUCAUCGUACCAUCUCUCGUCGUGCAGGUAGCAAGAAUGGUUCACUUUUUUAACAUAACUGUCAUAACAGAGCAGUUGGGGACCGCAUCCGCGAUGAUUCUGGUGAUAGUGAAACAGGGUAACUAUAUCGUGAACGCUACAAAGUAUAAGGCCCUUUUGACCGGCAUCUACAAGGAUUGGGCGGUCCAACGAUCAAAAGAGGAAGUUGCCAUUUUGUCGACGUACGCUGCGAGGGGAUCAUUUCUUACGUCGUUCUAUCUUGUAAACGCGUUCACUUGCUCCUUCCUCUUCAUAACAGUGCCCUGGACAGCACGAUUAUUAUACACGUUUAGUCCUCAGAACGCUUCCCUACCCAUGUUAAAUGUUAUACCAGGUUACUAUUUCGUUGAGGACGACCGUAAAUAUUAUUAUUACAUUCAGCUACAAAUGAGCAUUGCAGUAAUUACAGUGGUUAUCGUGUUUAUCGGUUGUGACACUAGUUACGUGGUCAUCGUACAGCAUGCUUGCGGACUGCUGUCUGUGGCUGGACAUCGCUUCAAACACGCGAUCAAUGAUCUUUCUAGUAAUAGAAGCAUCUCAGAGGAGAGCAUAAAAAAGGCAUACCAAAGGGUGCGUUUCUCUAUACAGGGGCAUGAACGAGCUAUUACGUAUUUAAAGGAAAUUGAGAGUGCGCACAUUAUUUACCUUUUUAUUUGCAUGUGCUUAAUAACCGUAUGCUUUGGUAUCACGCUGCUAAAGGUCGUGACGAUGGACUACUCUUCGGACUUUUUGAAGUAUAGUAGCUUUUUAAUUGUUCAGAUGAUGCACCUGUCCUACUUAAUGAUUCAAGGACAGUUCGUUAUAAAUGCAUCCGAUGAGGUUUACGAUUCAAUAUACGAAGCAUUAUGGUACAAUUCUAAUUCAAGAACGCAAGCAUUAUACAUACUUGCAUUGCGAAGAAGUCUAUCUUUACCUCGUUUAACUGCUGGCCGCGUGAUAGAAUUGAACAUGCAAACUUUUUCUGAAGUGGUCAAAUUAUCCAUAUCGUAUUACACAGUACUAAAAUCAACAUGA